AUGCCGUCCAAAAUCUCUUCCGGCUAUCCUUCUGAUACAGAGGCCACGGAGACCGAAUCUGGAUAUGCCAGUGCCAGCGCCAGUGAUGCCAGCCUGCCAGAACUCGUUUUUACCAAACCCCAUUUGAAAUUUCUCAAUAAGCACCUUCAGCUCCUAGAACCCCAGGAUAUCCUCCGCUGGUGCAUCACGACGUUACCAGGCCUCUACCAAACCACAGCAUUCGGCCUAACAGGCCUCGUAACACUCGAUAUGAUCUCCAAACUCAACAUCCACGGCUCACAGAUGGUCGAUCUCAUCUUCCUGGAUACACUGCACCAUUUCAAAGAGACGCUGUCCCUUGUAGACCGCAUCCGCAAACACUAUCCCUUGACAAACAUCCACAUCUACAAGCCAGACAGCGUCUCGACCGCCGAGGAAUUCUCGCGGAAAUACGGCCCCAGGUUCUGGGAAUCCAAUGACCAGCUCUACGACUGGGUAGCCAAGGUCGAGCCGGCUCGACGAGCCUAUCGCGAGCUGCAAGUCAACGCCGUGCUCACGGGCCGCAGACGCAGCCAGGGUGGCAAGCGCGGCGACCUGGACGUCAUCGAGGUCGACGAGGCGGGCCUCAUCAAGAUCAAUCCGCUGGCAAACUGGUCGUUUGCGCAGGUUAAGGAAUACAUCACGGCGAAUAACGUGCCGUAUAAUGAGCUGUUGGAUAAGGGGUAUAAGAGCAUCGGCGACUGGCACUCGACAGCGCCCGUGAAGGAUCAUGAGGAUGAGAGAUCUGGGCGGUGGAAGGGCCAGCAGAAGACCGAGUGUGGGAUCCAUAACCCGCUCUCCAAGUACGCGCAGUUCCUGCGCGAUCAGGAGCUGAAGAGGCAGGGGGAGGCUAUUAGCCAGGCACUAGAGGUGGAGAGUAAUUGA